AUGCCACCAGGCAACCUCGUCCGGCGCUUGGUCCGCAACAAGCUGGCCUCGGUAGCCGCCCUCCGCGUCGGCUGGAAUUGUCUCACCACCAAUGACUUGGCACUCUCUCCGCUCCAAGACCUUUCAAUGGCUGCAGGACCCCAGGUCAGUUUGCCGAUUCUAUUGUGUAGCUACGACUGUAUGCAGAGCGUCGCCGCCGCCGCCGCCGCCCCUCGGCUGUCGCCUUUGAGUUCGGAGCCCGAUGCUCCUUCCCUGGCUAGUCUUGGCUCCACAAUGGCUUACCUCCGCCAGAGACAUGUGUUUCACUAA